AGCAGCACCAUGUCGCUCUCAGUGCGCACCUCUGGGCAGUCCCGAAGGCUCUCCUCGCAGAGCAAGAUGGCAGGCAGACCUCAGAGAAUGUCUGCUGCCAGCCUUGCAAAUGGCUACGGGGGACGUACCUUUGGCUGUGGAGUUGGUUGUGAGGGAGGCUUAUCAGCUGCUGCUUCCAUGUUUGGCACUGGUUCCUUGGCAGGACCUGGCACCGGCUACUGGGGACCCCUGGGAGGUGGCUUUGGAGGGCUGGGAAUGGGAUUUGGUGGGUCAGGAGGUGGCUCUGCAUGUAUCCUCUCUGGCAAUGAUGGAGAGCUUCCUUAUGGAUCCGGAAAAGAAACCAUGUAAAAUCUGAAUGAUAGACUAGCUUCCUACCUGGGUAAGGUCCGAGCUCUAGAAGAGGCUAAUGCAGCGCUAGAAAGCAAAAUCCGAGAAUGGUGCGAACUGCAAAGGACUGGAGACUCCGGGUCACAGAGUGACUAUAGUAAAUAUAACCCAAUGAUUGAAGACCUCAAGAAUAAGAUCAUUUCUGCCAGCAUUGGAAAUGCCCAGAUCAUCCUGCAGAUUGACAAUGUGAGGCCGGCUGCCGAGGACUUCAGGCCGAAGUAUGAGAAUGAGCUGGCCCUGUGGCAGUUGGUGGAGGCCAAUAUCAAUGGCCUGCGCAGGGUGAGGGAUGAGCUGACUCUGACCAGAGCCAACCUGGAGGCACAGAUUGAGGACCUGACUAAGGAGCUGGUGUACUUGAAUAAGAACCAUGAGGAGCUUCAAAGUUUCCAGGCGGAUGGUCCAAGUGAGGUCAAUGUAGAGGUGGAUGCUGCCCCUGGAAUGGACCUCACUAGGGUCCUCAACAAAAUGAGGGCCCAGCACGAAGCUAUGGCUGACCAAAAUCGGAAAGAUGCAGAGGCCUGGUUCCUUGAAAAGAGUGGGGAACUCAGGACAGAGAUUAACAGCAACACCGAGCAGCUCCAGUUCAGCAAGAGCGAGGUCACCGACCUGAGGCGCACCAUGCAGAACCUGGAGAUCGAGCCCCAGUCCCAGCUCGCCCUGAAGUCUCUGGAGGACUCGUUGGCUGAAACCGAGGGCGGCUACUGCUGCCAGGUGUCCCAGGUGCAGCAGCUUAUCCGGAGCCUGGAGGAGAAGCUGCAACAGAUGCGUGCGGAUGCCGAGCGCCAGAACGCUAACCAUCACCUGCUGGACAUCAAGGUCAGCUUGGAGAUGGAGAUCGAGACCGAGACCUACCGCCACCUGCUGGAUGGGGAGACUCAAGGUGAUGGUUUUGAUGAUAGUUCAUCUGUAACAGUCUCCAAAUCGCAGGCACCACCAACUGAUUCCUCUAAAGAUCCAAAUAAAACCCGGAAAAUCAAGACAAUAGUACAGGAAGUGAUGAAUGGUGAGGUGGUAUCAUCCCAGGUUCAGGAAAUUGAAGAAAUGAUAUAA